GCCGAACAACAACCACCCUGACCGCCCCUGUUCAUGACGCAAAUUCGGUUUUCCAGGAGUACUUAUGGCUAUGGCACGGUUGUAUCCUUGGUAGUGCGUCCCUGGUUCGGCACGAUCUCCGUUCGGGAGAAAUGUCUCGAGGUGUUUGUUACCACUCCCGUGACGCGACCUUCCCACGCUGAGCCAUGUACUGGCCGAAUGGAGUCCCCCGGGUGUACGCGGUCAAUGGACCUAGCAUUCCCAUAACGCCAUCGACCGACUACAAAGAGUCUGACAGCGAGCUUUUUGAGGAUGAGCCUCCGCAAGACGAAGUCGCGCGGGGCUCUGAGAGUCCCAAGCCGACGACAUGGGCCGACGAGCCCAUUGCUGGCCUUUGUGCUUCUAGGUCUGGACACCUGUUUGCGACAAUGACGGAAUCGUCUAUGACAAUCUGGCAGACGAAGCCUGCUGUUGUCGUAGCCGCUGUCACUCGCUCUGCCUCCUCGAUGAAAACAUAUGGCCCGAAUGUUUCCCUUCUUUUGCAUCCCGAUUCUACAAUUCUUGUCGUACAGACUCUGAAGGGCUAUCUCCUCACAUAUACAAUUGCUUCUGACCCCAAUACCCGAGUUUUCCAACAACAUUUUGAUCACACCAAUCCGCACCGUCGUCAACAACUUGCCCGUCAUUUUGGAAGCGAGGAGUUUAAUAAUAUUAAAGAUGUUAGCAUGCGAUUUCGAAUGGCAAUCAUGGUAGAAUCGGGCAUUGGGAAAGCAUUGGCUCUGGAUAAGGAACUUCUCGUCGCUACCCUGAAACCAGCUGCGAUUCAAUGUAUCCGAUGGGCACCGGAUGAGAAUGGGAGCCAAACGACCUCGGAACUUCUAAGUCGCAUUCUGAACGUAUCCAAGAAAGUCACCGUCACCGAAAUGGUUUAUGAUCGGGCUAUGAGUCUAUUGAUAUGGGUGACUAGUGAAGGACGUGCAUAUACUGUACAGAGGAAAAACAGUGAGCUUCCUCCUGAGUCGGAGGAGACGUCAAAACUGUUCGCAGGUCACUGUUUCCAUACGCCUACAAACGAUGAUAACGUGGCAGUCAAGGCAGCGGUUAACGCGAGAUUCUCUCUGCUUGCGGUUAGUUGCGCCAAUGGCGAAGUUUUGGUCUAUACAGCGAAAGACUAUGUAGGAAACGUGGUGCUCUCACAUAGACUUCAGCCGCCGGCUUCACUAACAGCUACUGGAAGUCUAACUUUCAUGAGCUACUCUCCAGAUGGGUAUUGCUUUUUUGCUGGUUACGAACGCGGCUGGGCGAAUUGGAGUGUUUUUGGCAAAGUAGGAGGCAGUAGCUUCUCAGCUGAUCGCACUAUGGCCAAAGAUAACGCCGAAGAUUGGCUGACCGGAGUGUCAAUGGGAUGUUGGAUAGGCGGUGGCUCCGAUAUCGUCCUAUCGUGUAAAAAUGAACGCAGGCUAUGGCUAUUGGAAACAGCGCGUAGUGCCUUAACGGGAUGCUACUCUCCAGCUAAUCUAGCCAGGGCGCUCUUACAAACAGGCACUGAAAUUAUUCUAUACCGGGGCCAUGAUCUACCAGACCUCAUGACCAUCUCUGGAAAAGAUUCAUUAUGGCAUCAUGCACAAUAUCCGCCGGCAUAUCUCCAUGCCCAGUGGCCCAUACGUGCAUGUGUUGUAUCGCAAGAUGGACGAUAUGUUGCAAUUGCUGGCCGAAGAGGUUUGGCGCAUUACAGUGUUAGUAGUGGACGUUGGAAAACGUUUGAAGAUUCCAAAGCAGAGAAUUCGUUCGCUGUCAGAGGUGGGAUGUGCUGGUAUGGUCAUAUCCUAAUCGCGGCUGUCGAAAGUAAUGGUUCAUAUGAGCUUCGCUUAUACUCAAGAGAGUUAUCUUUGGAUAACAAUAACAUUCUCCAUACCGAGCACCUUCCUUCCCCGGCCGUAUUCAUUGGUCCAUCUGGGGAGGAUUCCCUUCUUGUUUACACAUAUGACAAUAUACUUUAUCAUUAUGUUAUCAAUUCUAUGCAUGGCGGCGUGGCUCUAGUUCCCGUCGGGCAGAUAGCAUUUUAUGGAAUUGUGCGAGCACCCACGAGAGUUCGUUCUAUCAGCUGGAUUUUGCCAGAAGAACAGAUGCGUAACGGAGAUCCGUCACAGGAUGUCAAAGUAGCUUCUGUCUUGCUACUCGUGGAUGGCAAUCUUGUCCUACUACAGCCGUCACUAUCGAGCACCGGAGAUCUGAAAUACGACAUGCGAAUAGUUGCUCAGGAUGUAGAAUAUUACGUCCUGAUGCGUGACCAGUUGUCUUUCAACUUUUCACCUCCGACAGAGGAACCGAACCCAACCAGCCCAUCAGCUGACAUAGUCCUAAAAGCUGCACAGAGUAAUUUGUCUCUCAGGGAUUCGCUGUGGUUGUUUAGUGGACGAGAUCUUGUCGCUUGGAGUGAUGUACAAGAGAUUCUUCAACGUGAAGAUGUCCCGAAACCGCUUGCUGUGCCUGUGGACUUUUAUCCACUAUCAGUGCUUUUGAACAAAGGAAUUGUACUAGGUGUGGAGUCUGAAAUGAUUCAGAGACGAGAUGUCACCUUCUCAAUAUUGAAAUUUGCCAUUCGCUCGCAUCUUUUCCUUCCUUAUUUCCUCCGACAUAGUCUCUCAAAUGUGGACAUGCCCUCUGCUCUCUCAUUGUCUCAUUACUAUUCACACCUGUCAUAUUUCCCACACGCCAUGGAAAUUCUUCUGCAUCAUGUCCUAGACGAUGCUGUAGAUGGCCCAAGCCGGGGCGAAUCACAAAACAACACAACCCAGACGUCACAGCCGUUACUACCGUCCGUGAUUUCAUUCUUACAGGCUUCUCUCCCAACAGAUGUAUACCUUGAUAUUGUGGUUCAAUGCACCCGAAAAAAUGAAAUUCGAUCAUGGCGCACUCUCUUCGCUCACCUUCCACCGCCAAAGGACCUUUUCGAACAAGCAUUAAGACUCAAGUCUCUGAAGACUGCAGCCGGGUACUUACUUGUCCUUCAAGCCCUUGACGAAGAGGAAGAAGAAAGCGAAGCUAGAACCGAAGAUCAUGCGGUGCGUCUACUAGGAUUAGCAGCCCAGAAAAACGACUGGGAUCUUUGCGCAGAACUGGCUAGAUUCUUAAUAGCUCUUGAUCGAUCAGGAGAAAUGCUGCGCCGAACAAUCGAUCGAGUUGGCCUUCGACGUGCCGUAACAGCACACAAACCAGGCAGUAACGAUGUGAACGGCCGAAACAUGAAGGGAUUGGGGCUGACUCUCCCCGUUCCCACUAUACCCUCUCCUCUUUCUCCACGACGACAGCAUCACCGUAACCGGAAGGGAAGUGAUAUCUCGUCAGUGACUAGUGCCGGAACAUCCUCCAAUUUGUCUCCCAUCACAUCCCGGACUGAUGACGAGGGUGAAGCUGUUACGACUGCUUCGGACGGUGGGAGCAGCGGAAUAGACGACUUACCUCCAGCUUGA